AUAAGUCGCUCAUUUUAAGAUUUGUGACGAACAAGAGUCAAGAAUGGCAGGAAUGUCUAUUAUGUUUAAGCUGGCCUCGCUUUUAUCUCUAAUUUCUGUCAUACCAUGGGCUGCUUAUGCAACAGUUGUUCAUCAAAAAUUUAUUAUUGGAACUCAGAAAGUGACUCGACUAUGCAAGGAGCAAGAAAUUGUCACAGUGAAUGGACAUUUUCCAGGCCCUACAUUGUAUGCUCGUGAUAACGACAAUGUUAUUGUGCUGGUGGAGAACAAUGGACCCUAUAAUGUUACCAUACAUUGGCAUGGAGUCCGACAAUUGAGAACUUGCUGGGCAGAUGGGCCAGCCUACAUUACACAGUGCCCCAUUACUCCUGGAAAUGCUUUCACCUACAAUUUCAGGAUUACAGAGCAGGAAGGGACCCUGUGGUGGCACGCCCAUGUCUCAUUUCUAAGAGCUACAGUUCAUGGAGCUUUAGUCAUUUAUCCCCGGUUUGGAAAGCCUUAUCCAUUUCCUAAACCAGCUGCCGAGUUUCCUGUCAUUUUAGGCGAAUGGUGGAGCGCAAAUGUGGAAGAUGUGAUAGCUGAUGCAAUUCAAAGAGGUGUAUUACCAUUAGAAUCUGAUGCAUACACCAUCAACGGUCAGCCAGGAGACUUGUAUGAAUGCUCUGCGAAUGAUACCUCAAGGAUUUUGGUUAGAAGAGGGAAAACCUAUCUGAUCAGGAUGGUGAAUGCUGCCAUGAAUCAUGCAUUCUUCGUCAAAAUUGCAGAGCACAAACUCAAAGUUGUGGCAGUAGAUGCCUUGUAUACAAAGCCAUAUACAACUGACCAAGUGCUAAUACAGCCUGGUCAAACAAUGGAUGUGCUUAUAACCACUUCAAAACCCUCAGGGCUCUUCUACAUGGCCAUCCGGGUAUACAGCAGCCAAACUCGAGGGGGUCGUUUCAUAAACACAACAACAACUGCGAUAUUAGAAUACACGGGCAGCAUCAAUUAUGUUCCUCUCAUGCCCGCUCUUCCUCCAUUUGAUGAUACCCAGUUCGCAUUCAAAUUCAGUACCGACCAAAAGAGCCUUCGGUCGUCAGUUCCACAGAGAGUAGACGAAGAAAUGGUGAUAACAGAGGGAUUUGGACUUCUGACCUGCCCGAACAGAUCCUGCGAGGGUUUCAUGGGUGGAAGAGCAGUUGGAAGCUUCAACAAUAUUUCUUUUCUCUUACCAAAUAUCGAUAUCUUGCAGGCUUACUAUCAUGGUAUUGAUGGGGUCUUUACCAGAGAUUUCCCAGAAAAUCCUCCCUUGAUAUUCAAUUACACUCAGCAAAAUCCACCACUGCCAAUGAGUUUUUGGGAGCCUGAGCUUGGAACAAAAGUAAAAGUUUUGAAAUUCAACAGUAAAGUGCAAAUUGUGUUUCAGAACACAGGCAUACUUACUGUGGAGAACCAUCCUCUGCAUCUUCAUGGACAUGAUUUUUAUGUCGUUGGACAAGGAUUUGGUAACUACAAUCCUCGAACACAUCCUGCUCAUUUUAACCUGAAAGAUCCUCAAAAGUUGAACACUGUGGGAGUUCCUACUGGUGGGUGGGCAGCCAUUAGAUUUACAGCUAACAAUCCAGGUGUUUGGUUGAUGCAUUGCCAUUUUGAAUCUCACACAGCACUUGGUUUCGAAAUGGUAUUCAUUGUGGAGGAUGGGGCCGGUUCGUUUAAUUCUCUUCCUCCUCCACCACCUGGUCUGCCCCAUUGUUAGAUGUGUACAUGUAUCCAUCUGAUUACUCUUGUUCCACGCUUGAUUUGUCAGCCCAAAUGAUGUUCCAAGGGAAAGUUCACUGAGGAAUAAGAUGACCAUUCUUUAAGUCAAAAGAAAAAUCAAUUUCUCGCUCAAUUCAUAGUACUUCCAUUUCUACUUCCACCACAAAAGUCUUCCCUAGUAAACGCACCACUGGAAGCACUAUCUAUAGUGCUACCACAAAUUCCACUACCAACCCUAGCACUACCACUAGUAGCCACGCCAUUAUCAUUUUUUCUCUCGCCAGUAACCAUCAUUAUCAUUUCAUCUCCUAUUGCUGAUGAGCCCCUGGUCUUUAGAAACCUAAUAUUGCACAUCUAAUCCUUUCAUGUGGCUCACUUUCUGUAAUGAUUCACUGCCAUUAAAUAUUCAUAGAGUGGUCUGCUGAUUGACCAAAAACAUUAUUUAGAAACAUCAUGGAUCACUAUCUAUGGAGUGGCUCAUUAUAUUAAUUAUUGGCUCAUUUACAAAAUCCUUAAUCAGUUGAAUGCUUCAACUGAAUAAGUUUAUUGGAUGUAUUAAUUGUAUGGAAUAUUGCUAGGACUAUAUUUAGAGAGCUUUGACUAUCACACUUUAUCAUAUAAUUAAUGGCAAGUAGAUAUUUGCUAAAUUCAUUGUUAAAGUAA